AUGAUGAUGAUGAGAAGAAGAACACAAACACUCAUGAACUACAUCAUGAACGCCGCCGCGUCGAAUAACUAUCGUUGUUUCGAUAAGACGGCUACAAAAACGAGUAGCAGUAGUAGUUGUAGUAGUUAUAGGUCUCUCUCUUCCUUCUUCAUCGGAUAUCAAAAUCGAGAAGGAGCAAAGACGUUUAGUAGGACGACAGUUAGUACUCAAGGAAAAGUGGAUAACAACACAUGGACGACGACGACGACAAAAACACAAAAACAAAAGUCUGCGAACAAUAUCUCCACGUCCACUCGUUCAAAAAUGGGAUACAUUUCGCACCAAAGAACCGCAAUCACGAAACGUUUGUGGAACGAUCGAUUGGAGCAAAUGAACGUGGAACAUCCACACGCGCCGGAACAAACUUUGAUAAAAACGAAGAAAAUCAAAGAGCACGUGGUUUUGUACGAUUUUGAGAACGAUAAACAGUUGGCGAGAGACUACGCGACGCCGUGGAACACCGCGAGAAUCGGUCGAGUUCUGGAGGAUAUGGACUCGUUAGCUGGGAACGUCGUGUUUACACACAUAGACGAUAACGACCCGGCGACGAGGCCUCCGAAUGCGGUGACCGCGAGCGCGGAUAACAUUCGACAGUUUAAGAAGUUACGGUUAGACCAAAAGACGUUUUUACACGGGUCGGUGGCGUACGUCGGGACGUCCUCGAUCGUGGUCAGAUGCGAUUUGAAAAACGAAAAAGGCGAAGUCUUAAUGCGAGCUGAUUUUACAUUCGCGGCGAGGUCGAACGUGACUGGUAAAGCGACGCCGGUAAACCAGUUGGACAUGAAGACGCUGACCGAGGAGCAGAAAGCAACCUUCGACGAAGUGAAAGCGCAGAUUGAGUUGAAGAAGAACAGAAAGAUGGAUAAGAUGCCCAUGCGUGAGGAAGUGCGAGUGUUUCGUAAACAAUGGGUUAAAAAAAUGCGGGAAAUGUCCCGAGUGGCAAAAGAGAUGCCUUCGAGAGCGGUGUUGGACGAGAAAUUAUCAAAGAUAGUUUUGACUUCGCAGACGGUGCACGAAAAUUUGUUCGUCGCGCAACCGCAGCAGGUGAACUUAUCCGGGCGGAUAUUUGGUGGAUUUUUGUUACGGCGUGGAUUUGAAUUGGCGUUAGCGAACGCGUACACGUUUGCGGGUACGUUUCCACUUUUCGUGAACAUGUCGGACGUGGAUUUUAGAGCGCCAGUCGAGGUUGGCGAUUUGUUGAGGUUUCGAGCGCACAUCAUCCACGUCGGCGAACCCGGAGAGUUCGAUAAGAAAACUCUAGAACUGAAAGAGACAAACGUGUUCGAAAGCGGGAAUGAUAUUGAAAGAGAUAUCGUGAUGCAAGUUGAAGCGAUCGUGGUGAAUCCGAAAACCGUAAGUGCAACCGUGACAAACUCUUUUCUAAUCACGUUUCGAGUUAACGGCGGGUUGUUACCGACGGUGUUACCCGAAUCCACGGACGAGGCGUUUGGCGUGUUUGAGAAGGUCAUACGACCAAAAUUGUGCGGAUGGGAUUAA